CGCCUCCCACAAAUACUAAAACACACAGUCACAGGGUUUUUGAACUGCAAAGGAGCUGCCACGUCUCAUCAGCCCAAAAUAUAUCCUCUCCCUAAAUUUCAAGCUAUUCAAGAUUCCCCCUUUUCUUCUUCCUCCCUUCUCCUUCCUUUAACUUCCCCACAGAUCUUUUGAACCAAAUCAUUUUCCUCCAGAAAACCGUCCCAAUUUAGCUCCCCCUAAAAACGAUGUCGUCGAAGCAUCUCCUUACCGCCGUCCUCCGCCGCACAAAACCCUUAAACCCCACAAACUUUCUCCGUCCAUUCUCCACCGCCUCAGCCGCGUCCUUGGCCGUGGAACCCUUACCCGAGGAAACUACCAACGGGAUAACCAUUAAAGGCGUCAAGAUCGCCGGACGGCCGCUCUACCUCGAUAUGCAGGCCACGUCUCCGGUGGACCCGAGAGUUCUCGACGCGAUGCUUCCUUACUAUAUCUCUCAGUACGGAAACCCUCACUCCCGCACUCACCUCUACGGCUGGGAAUCCGACCAAGCCGUUGAAUCGGCUCGGGCCCAGGUCGCGGGCCUGAUCAACGCCUCCCCUAAAGAAAUCAUCUUCACCUCCGGCGCCACGGAAUCGAAUAACAUCUCCGUCAAGGGCGUUUUGCAUUUUUAUAGGGAUAAGAAGCGACACGUCAUCACUACGCAGACGGAGCACAAGUGCGUGCUGGACUCUUGCCGCCAUCUCCAGCAGGAGGGUUUUGAGGUAACUUAUCUUCCUGUUGAGUCUGAUGGGCUGAUUAAUUUGGAUAAGCUUCGAGCCGCUAUCCGGCCUGAUACGGGUCUUGUUUCUGUUAUGAUGGUUAAUAAUGAGAUUGGUGUGAUUCAACCUGUUGAGGAAAUUGGAAAAAUUUGCAAGGAGUUUAAUGUGCCUUUUCAUACCGAUGCUGCCCAAGCUUUAGGGAAAAUUCCUAUUGAUGUUGAUAAAAUGAAUAUUAGUUUGAUGUCUUUGAGUGGGCAUAAGAUUUACGGGCCGAAAGGGAUUGGAGCCUUGUACAUGAGGCGUAGGCCGAGGAUUCGAGUAGAGCCUCAGAUGAAUGGUGGUGGCCAAGAGAGGGGAAUUAGGAGUGGAACUGUGCCCACUCCGUUGGUUGUGGGAUUCGGGGCAGCUUGUGAUCUUGCUAGCAAGGAAAUGGAGUACGAUGAGAAGAGGAUUAAAGGUUUGCAGGAGAGGUUAUUGAAUGGUAUUAGAGGUAAGAUUGAUGGAGUGGUCGUGAACGGGAGUGUGGAUAGGCGGUAUGCUGGGAAUUUGAAUCUGUCGUUCGCAUAUGUCGAGGGGGAGAGCUUGUUAAUGGGGUUGAAGGAAGUUGCAGUGUCGAGUGGUAGUGCUUGUACGAGUGCAAGCUUGGAGCCAUCGUAUGUCUUGAGGGCUUUGGGAGUCGAAGAAGACAUGGCCCAUACUUCAAUUAGGUACGGUAUUGGAAGGUUCACUACUGAGGAAGAGAUUGACAGGGCUGUGGAGCUGACUGUGAAACAGGUUGAGAAGUUGAGGGAAAUGAGUCCGCUCUAUGAGAUGGUGAAGGAGGGAAUAGAUAUUAAGAGCAUACAGUGGUCACAGCACUGAUUCCUAUGUUAGGUUUCUAGGUUAUAAUUGUUGAAAUGAAGCUGUAUUGCAGAUGGAGCUUCUGCAUGUACUUGCCAACGACAGAGCUGGUGCUACUAGAGCUUAAAGUCGCUGAUAAUUUUUUAGUGCUAGCUUCCUGGUUUUAUGGAUAUUCAUCUGCUCAGCAAGAUGAUGAGCUUUUGUUAUUCGCUGUGUAGGAUUAUGCAUGUGUAAUUGAGAGCAUGAUUACGUUUUGGACAGCUGCUUUGGAAUGACAGGUUUCGGAAUUUUGGUUAGUAUACCCAGGCUUAUGAAACAGUUUUUUGUUUUGAUGAUGUUGUUACUUUCUUUAGUGUGAAUCUAUGUCUGAUAGUUUGCCUGCAAAGCUUUGUCUUUCAACAGUUUCCCCUUAGUAUUUCCUUGUUCAUUACAUUAUUUAUCAUGUUUCUGGGAAAGACACAGCACAAAUCAUUACUGAAUCUCGGAAGAGGUUUCAGAGAAAACAUCACCAACCUAGCAAAACCUCUGUGAAACUAAGUAGUAGCAAAAUUAAGAAGGAAAACCAAGAAAAGAAAACUGUCCACAACAACAGCAAAAUCACAAUGUAAUUGAACAAUAAAACUUAAGAAUGCUAGCAAAUGUAGGAAGUGGUGUGAGUUAAGAUAACCAACCCCGGCGCUUAGUUAGGAGUAAAGAAAAUUGAAGAGCUUCUCAUAACAUUGAGCUAUAGUAGCUGUAAUAUAUCACGGGAAAUCAUUUAUCCACGGAGUUGCUGCUUGGCAUGCGUUCUGGCUUCAGGUUCUAUCUCAAUUCUCAGCUUGUUGCUCAACCAGCAAAGAAUUGUUGCAUUGAGGUUCUCCAGUUCCCAUCGAGAAUUGAAAAAGUUGAUCAACAAUCAUCUUCCGCUGGACAACUUCACUUUUAAGGAAACAGUUGAUGAGUUCAAAUUCAAGGGUACAGCCACGAUGUCCUAGUAUCUCAGCCACUUUAAACUGUAGGACUGUUGUUUAAAAUAUAUUCUGACUUUAUGCUUCCCAGGCCUAUCUAUUCCUUUGAAGGGGUUGCUUAACUUUAGUAUGAACUUCUCCAAGUUUGGUGAUGCCCUAAAGAAUAAAGUCAAGUGAAAGAAAAAAAAAAAAAAGUCCAAGAAUGACUCUUCACCAAUGUAGACUGAAGACUUUAAAGUUUAAUUCUUCAGAUAACGAUGAGUGCUUCUGUGCAGAAAAAACAGCAGAUAUUUGCAAGCAUAACUGAAAGAAUGAAGAAGAAACUACAUUCGUGGAAAAAUGAAUCUUUGUCGAUGCUUGGAAGAGUCACUUUGGCGAAACACUCCUUAGUUUCGGUACCAAUUUAUAUGAUGGGUGUCUUUAAAUUACCUGUUUCUGUUACGAAAAAGAUUGAUCCGGUGAUUGCUAACUUCAUUUGGAGAGGGGAUAAAGGGAUACGGGGGAUCCGCUGGAAAGCUGAGAACAACAUCAGUAGAUCAAAGUAUAGGGGUGGAUUAGGGUUGACAAAGUCUAAAGAACUGAUCCAAGCAUUGCUUGCUAAAAUGGCCUGGAGAACUUAAGCAAAUCCAGGUUCUCUGUUUGCUAGAGUGCCUUACAGCCAAAUACGUCAAAGAAGGAGAUUUCCUGAGCAGCAGUUGUUCGACUUCAGCUUCUUGAGGGUGGAAAGGCAUCACAGUAGGGAAAGGAAUUAUUGGUAAAUGGCCUAAAAUGGCAAGUUGCAAAUGGGUCAAGCAUAAAGGUGGAAGAUGAUUGGAUCCCAGGACUGAAGAAUCCCUUGAAAGAUAACCCCGUGCUUCAAAGUCUUCCAACUUCCAAGCUUGAAAGUACGUGAUUUAUUAGAUGAAAACUUUCAAUGGCGAGAACCUUUGGUAAAUAGCAUGUUCCCAUGCCACGCAGCACAACCGAUCCUAGCAUUAUGCAUAUCAAAGAAGGCACCACAAAGACAUGACAAGAAUAUCUGGUGCAAGGAUAUUACAAGGUCGUAUACUGUGAAGUCAGGAUAUUAUGAAGCUCUUAACAGUACGGAUCACUUGAGGUACGCGCCUUCUACUUCCAAUACACAUCAGCUAUCUGAACAAGGUUGGAAGAAAUUUUGGGCUGUCAAAGUUCCGGGAAAGAUACACUGGCUCAUCUAUUACCAAUGCUUUACCAACUCUGACUGCUCUACAAAGAGGAGGAGUGGUGACUUCCACAAUCUGCCCUGGGUGGAAGACGAAACUGUCAAACAUGUGUUUUUGGAUUGUGUAGAUUCAAAGAUAAUUUGGCUGGCGUCACCAUUAGGCUUUGAUUUUGACAAGGGUGAUGGGUUGAACUUCAAUGAUUGGGUAGAUGAUUGGUUACUCUCUGCACCAGACAAAGAGUUAAUUCAAAUGUCCUUCUUUCUACUUUUGGCUAUUUGGUUUAGUAGAAACCAGACAGUUUUGGAGCACACUGGUCCAUCUCCAGUAGAAAGGCAAAAGUGGGCACUGCAAGAAUUUCAAGCAUUCCAAAAGGGUGGCUGCAAUGUCGAUUCAACAAGGGAGAAUCACUUUGUCUCCUCAGAUUCCUCAAACUAUCUUUGAAGAAGAGGCAGAUUACUAUGUUAGAGUUGAUGGAGCUUUUCGGGAGAUGGCGAAGAUAGGAACACGAGCGUGGGAAAUCAUUACUACCCAAGGGAAACAUAUUGCUUCUGAAAGUGAAGUUUUCAGCGCUACUUCGCCUCAACAAGCAGAAGCAAGAGCUUGUUUGCUGGGUUUAAGAGCAGCACACAAGACUUGGGAUUUGCAGAAGUGCAUCUUACAAACUGAUUCAGGAGCAAAACAAGGUUCCUUUUACUUUACAUUACCUAGUAGAAGAUAUUAGGGAAGUAUGUAAUAGUUUUAGAUACUGUAUGGUUGCAAAAGUUGAUCGGUUCAUAGUGGAGAACGCCCAUAGCUUAGCUAAGGCAACCCUCCGAACAACCUGGUUGUACUCUUGGCAUACGUUGUUUUCAUAUUUGAUAAGUGUGUUUCAAAACAAGAAAAAAGUGCUUCUGUGCAGAUAGCUGAGGAAGUUGCCCUUCAAACUUUGUAGCACUUUCAGGAAAC